GAGCGGUUAGACCACAACACAACAACGAGGAGACGGGACGGGUGUACACUACCAAUACAAGAAUCUUCAGUUGCUGACACUAAAAAUAUCCAUAAAUACAGUAUUAUGGAGGUUAUAUCACCAGAGGGCAUGCGUCAGGAUGGCAGAACACCACUUUGUCUGCGUACAAUCAGUUGCCGAAUGGGGCUGUAUGAGAGACCUAAUGGCAGUGCUUACAUUGAAAUGGGAAAUACAAAAGUUCUUGCUGCUGUUUAUGGACCCAGAGAGGUUCGGAGUGUCAGUAAGCAACAGCUGGAUGAGUGUGUUAUCCAGUGCCAGAUGAGUCGCAUUGCUGCUAGUCAAGGAGAAAGAGUGAAGCGUCCCAGAGACCAGAGAACCCGAGCAAUAGGUCAACAAAUUGCAGGUGUAUUUCAUGCAGCAAUACGAAAGAGCAAAUAUCCUGGCUCACAAAUUGACAUUUUUGUGCAGGUCUUACAAGCAGAUGGAGGUGUAAUGUCAGCUUGCAUCAAUGCCUCAACCUUAGCCCUCAUCCAUGCAGGUGUAGAAUUGGUAGACUACGUGGCAUCCUGCACCGCCUCAAUUAACAGACAAACUCCACUCCUUGAUGUAACAAACCAGGAAUCUAUGUCGGGUUGCGAGGUAACUGUCUCCAUCCUGCCAAACAAAGGUUCAAUAGUUUCUCUGGAUACAUCAAACACUGUUCAUCAGGAUCAAUUUGAAUCUGUGUUGGACCUUGCCAUGCUGGGAGCUCAACAGGUAUAUGAAGAGAUGCACAGGGAGGUUGAGAAUUACCUGGAAGAUAAACAUGCCAUAAUGUCUCAUAGGUAAACACUUUCGAGUGAAGAGAGAUCAGGCCCAAUCAGUAAACACCUUUUUAAUAUUUUAUGUUUGUCUUUGUAGUAUUUAGAACUUGUGUGAUUGUAUGGAAUAUAGUAUUGCAUCAUUACAAAUUCAUGCAGUGUCAUUAUUAUUUCAUAUUAUUUUAUAAUGAGUGACAGGAUAUUAAAGCUAAUUGUGACUAGAGUAAAUACAUAAAAGGAUUUGUGGUUCGACUCAUGUUUGGAUUUUUGACAACUUUUUUAUUACAGUAUUGUAUUGUAUAUAAGAGAUAGACAAGAAAUUCAAAGUUGAAAACCUCAAAACUGGCUGAUGAACUGACAAGGUUAAGUAUGGUAUACUGUUCUACACCACAUAAACAGUAAUACUACUAACUCCUCAUCCAGCAUCUUAGUCAGUUAAUAAUCUCACAACAUUUUUCACCCUUUCAUAUUAUAGUAUACAAGGAAAAGGCUUAUGUAACCCUAGUAUGGGGAAGGAUCUCAUAUGUAUGGAAUUCUUCUAUUAAACAGUACAGUAUAUUUUUUUGGGUACUGUAAGUAAUUCUGAAAAUAAAAUGCAAUGUUAAAUAAUAUAUAUUUGUUGAUGGAUUACCUCACAUUACCAGCCACUACUGAGUCAGGAUCUAAACCACAAUUGUGGUCACAUUAUUUUAUUGGUAAUUUUUAAUAAAGAAUUUUAUUCUUA